UCAUUGUCCCUGUCCCCUUGCCCUCCUACCCUCCACACCAAGCCUGCGACCCCAAGUGCACACGGAACCCCUUGUCCAUGCUGAGGCAAGGCUCACAGUCUACGGUCAGCGUUGGGGAGGCCUUCUGCUUGGCCAGCCCCACUCCCUGCUUCCUGGGGCGGCCCCAAGGGCUGGGCUCCGCUCCCUGGCGCGGGGAGGGGCGAAGGUCUCCCAGGGAGGUGGGUUGGGCAGGUGGGGCCCCGAAGCCUGUGGAGGAGGGCCAACCAGAUGGGCCAGGUGACUCCGGGGUUCUGAGGUAAGUGCCAGGGCAGCGCGGGGUGGCUUGGGGGGCCACUGUGUCCGGGCGGGGGGCGGCUGCAGCCCUGUGACUGUCCUGGGAACCGGGACAAGGGGCAUGGCCCUGGUGCACACGGCUUGUGGGAGGUCUGAGUCAAAACACCUAAGGCCGACCCCGGCCGGUCAUGUGGAGGGCUGCUCAGUCAUCGCCUUAUGCUGGCCUGGGUCACACAGGCAGGCUGGGUGCGGCCCAGUCAGUUGUGACUCAGGUCCCAACGGCCUUGCCACGCAGCGCUGGGUAGGGGUGCUGGGCACAGGGUCGCCCCCUCCCCACCCCGAGCCCCACUUUACCCCUCGGCCACCCCGAAGACCCGGCCCCACCUGUCAGGAGCACUCUGACCAGGAGCGUGGGGUUCUCUGCGCCUGUUGCACCCAGCCCUUCAGCCAGGGGGUGGGGUGGAAGUGGGGGGAGCCUCAGGGCCACCCGGCACUUGACGGGAAGUCAAGUGGGGGGCAGUGUGAGGAGCUGGCUCCAGAGAAGAUUCAGCAGGAGAGGAAAGCAGAGGGGGCCUGGCCCUGAAGUCGACGGUAUCCCACUGAAGAUCUGGAAAACACCUGCGAGACUCCAGAGGGUCCUGUGCGGGCACAGACCACGGCUCCAGUAUAUAAAUCAGGCAAAUUCCCCGUUGAGCAUGAACCUCUGAAAACUGCCGGCAUCUAAGGUCUCCUCCAAGGCCCUCUGGAGUCCAGCCCAUAAUGAAGGUCUUGGCGGCAGGAGUUGUGCCCCUGCUGCUGGUUCUGCACUGGAAACACGGGGCGGGGAGCCCCCUUCCUAUCACCCCUGUCAACGCCACCUGCGCCACACGCCACCCAUGUCACAGCAACCUCAUGAACCAGAUCAGGAACCAACUGGCGCAGCUCAAUGGCAGUGCCAAUGCUCUCUUUAUUCUCUAUUACACAGCCCAGGGGGAGCCGUUCCCCAACAACCUGGACAAGCUGUGCGGCCCCAACGUGACGGACUUCCCGCCAUUCCACGCCAACGGCACGGAGAGGACGCGGCUCGUGGAGUUGUACCGCCUCAUCGCGUACCUCGGCGCCUCCCUGGGCAACAUCACCCGGGACCAGAAGGUCCUCAAUCCCAACGCCCUCAGCCUCCACAGCAAGCUGAACGCCACUGCGGACAUCAUGCGGGGCCUCCUCAGCAACGUGCUCUGCCGCCUGUGUAACAAGUACCACGUGGCCCACGUGGACGUGGCCUACGGCCCCGACACCUCGGGCAAGGACGUCUUCCAGAAGAAGAAGUUGGGCUGUCAGCUCCUGGGGAAGUAUAAGCAGGUCAUCGCCGUGGUGGCCCAGGCCUUCUAGACAGGAGGUCUUGAAGCCUGCUGUGAGUGACCUGAGAUCUUAGGCUCAGGCGGCUCUGAAACUGUGGCCAGGGCCCAGAGCAUCGCCGGACCCAAGUGGGGGCUGCUGGCAGACCCCGAGGGGGUCCUGGCCAGUCCACUCCCCUCUAGGGUGGGCUGUGAUAAAGCCGAGCAGAAUCAAAACUCCCGUAGGCAGGGCCUGCCUACAGCGCCAAUUAGAAGAAGGACCCCUUCCUCUGGGAGACUGCGGCCGGGCACCAGGGUGUCGGGCUGGGGAGGGGAUUGUGGGCUGGACCUCUGUCCCCACUUGGCCCCUCAGCCAGGGCCUUUGUGAGAAAACUGCACAGGUCAUCCUUGGCAACUCUGACCAUGGGGCCAGACGGCAGGGGUCAGGGGAAUCACUCAGCCCCGCAGAAUGACCACCAGCGGUGCCUUCACUGACCCUUAUGUAGGCUCUGGAAGGUUUGACUGGGCUCAGGCAGGCCAGAGGAGCUGGGAUCCGGAGGACUCCUUGGCCCUUGCAAGAAUAGCGAGUGGAAGUUAGAGAGGGGAGUUCUGGUUUGAGAUGUUCCUUCUCUUGAGUGUGAUCGGAGAGCUCAGGCCUAGAGACUGGACUGUGAAGCAGAAAGUUCCAGAAUGAGUUCACUGGCAUUCAGGCUCCUAGGGAGGCUGAGAGGCCACCUUCAGGCCUGGGAAGUUAGAGAGGUCCUGAAAGCCUUGGCAGGCUCUCCUUCUUCCUGAAAUCUUUCCUGAAGCCUGGGAUGGCCAGGGUCUGGUGGCUGGACCUGGAGGUGGGGUUUGGGGAGGUGGGCAGGUGGCAAAGUCAGGUGAAGAGGUUCCGAGGGGACCCAGAGUCUUCCUUCUGGGCUGAGGUCUAUAAAGGAUGGGAAGCGAUGGGAAAGACUGGGUAGUUCAGAGUGGCAGCUCACAUCCGGGGCCCAUGGAGGCCCUGUGAGGUCACACAAAGGUACUUGAUGGGGACUAGAGGCCAUCUCUGGUUCCUAGAGCAAGGGGACAGCAGAACCUGAGGUCAGGGUCUCAGAGAAGCCCAAGAGCCAAGAGUGCUGCGUGUCUGACCCAGCAUGACUGUCUAUUUAUUAUGAUGCCCUAUUUAUAUUAACUUAUUGGUGCUUUAAAUGGCAAAGUUAGUUCCCCUUUCCCUGCUUCCUCCUCAACAGAAUAAUACGAUGGCUCAUAUGGGAGCCAGGGCCAAGCCUUAGCAGGCACUGGUCCAGAAGUCAAAGAUGUUACAAGUGGAAUAAGCCUUACGGGUGAAGCUCAGAGAAGGGUCAGGAUCUGAGAGAACUGGUCACCCUGGGUGGGGGGGCAGGGGACCCAGAUCCAUACCCCAUCCCAACUGUGGCCUGAUUUGGGGUAUCGGGAUCCUGGCUUCAUGGGCCUUGUCCCAGGGCCACCAUCUUGCUUGGCUCCAGCGGGGGUCGCUCAACACUGUUUUCUGGCAGCCCUUGGAAUUGUGCUGUGCGGGGCAACGUUCACGGUUGAAAGGGUGCCCGGCAGCAUUGGGUAAGGCAGUCCUGGUGGCCCGCUCUGCUGCUGUUUCCUUGUUCCCAUGCUGUCUGUCUCUAGACCGGCAGUGGAGGGGCUCUGGAACAGUCCUGACCCAGCACCCAGCAUGCUUGCACACAGUGGGGAAGCUCCUGCUCGGGUGGCCCAAACACCCACAAAGGGCCAGAGGGCCUGGCUGGACCUCUGGGAAGCUGGGGCAGUGCAGGGAGGAGCUCCUUGCUCUGGAGAGGAGGAUAGGGAGGCCCUGGGCCCACGACCAGGAAGCUGUGGUCCCUCCUGCCCCACCUCCCCCCACGCCCCCACCCAUGUCUGGGCUCCCAGGCAGGGAACCCGAUCCUUUCCUUUGUGCUGGGGCCAGGCUAGUGGAGAAACGCCCUCCAGUCUGGGAGCAAGGGAGGGGGUGCGGAGCUGGGGCAGCUGCUAAGAGCAACAUUCUGGCUUCUUCUCAAACCCUGAGCGGUGGCGGUCCUAGUGGUUCAGCCAAUGUGAUUAUGGUACUUUGCACUCACUUUGCACCUCUCUGUCUUCCCUGAGCACUUUCACCCGCACACACCACACGGGGUGGCAGGUGGGCAGGGAGCAGGCAGGGGCGGUGGGGGGAGGGGGGGAAGGCAAGGUUGUUUUGUGGCCGGUGACACAGGAGACCAUGACAGCCACAGGUUUUCUGAGGCUGUCUUAAUCUGGGUCACACUCACCCUCAUCCAGGGUCUUAGCCUGCUGCCCCCUCCCUGCGCUCUGCUCCUUUGGUGACCAUGGCUCAGAAGGCUUGGGGCCAGCUGGGUGUGCAAUCAUCCCAGCCCCUCGCCUAUGCUGACUCCUGUGCUGAGCCCACCUGGGCAGCCUCUGAGGCUCAGGGACCAAGGGAAUCUCUUCCCCUGGGCCCAACACCGCCCCUCUGCCUCGCUCCCCCUGCUUCUGCCCUCCCCACCCCCCAUCUCCUACGCUGCUCCUCAGCCCCCAUCCUUAGCACUCUUUCUAGAACUAAUGCAGCAGACCACUUUGCACAGCCUCCUGGAAUUAUGGAGGCUUUGUGUGGAAAAAGCUUUGCAGGGCAGGAAGCUGUCCCUUUCCUCAUUUUUCAUCUGCUGGUAUUGACCCACACCUGCAUCCUGGGUCAAGAGGAGGAGGAAGGAGAGGCUGUCAGCAGAAGAGCGGGUAGGACAGGCAUUUUGCAAUUUAUGGAGAAAGGAAUAUUGGGAACUUUUAUUUAUUUAAAAACGUUUUAAACAAAAAAAAA